UAGUGUUGCCAAUACCCAACCAGCUGAGGAGAUGCUUGCAUUAGAGGGCCAGAUCGGUGGAGUUAGCCUGGACACACUAUAUCAUGAUUCGUGCGAAUAUGAUGAGGAGGAGGAGGAGGAUGAUGAUGAUGAUGAUGAUUGGGACUGGAAUGAGACAGGAGACUUGACAAAACGCUACAUGGCUAAUAGAACAGGAAUGAAUCACCAGGUAAGUUCAGAACAGCUUGUGCUAAUGACUUGUUUUAUGAUUUAUCAGCUAAUCAAUCAUUAUUUCAAAAUGUACAUGUACUAGUGGAGUUUGCUCCCAUAGCAGGAGCCAAUAUUGGGUAUAUGAGAAGAUGAAGCAAACUGAUGUCAUCUCUUUGUUUUUUUGCAGGCAAAUAAACAAAAUCCUAGUAACAAAUCACAGAAACUGUCAACCCCCACUGACAAGGCUCUGAGGAAGUUUGAACACAAAAUUAAUUUAGGUGAGUUCAAGUAGAAUUUUUAGUUCUGAGUGAUGAACCGAAAUGUUGGCUAUAGUUUUCGUUUUUUAAACGACUAAUUGACGACUGUUCAAUUAUUUUAAUUCCAGUUCGUUCUGUUUUUUUCUGAGUUCAAUGCACACAUUGCACAGUUUCUCUAGAGAUAAAUCAGAUCAAGCCUGAACUGUGCGAUGUUGUAGGGAGUUGUAGUUUCCAACAGGCCAAUAUUCUACAUAGUUUAGCACAUAAAACAUGGUAAUUAACUACAAUGACCAUAAUCCAUUGCACAUCUACUUGUACGGUCUGUGUUUCUUUUACGCCUGCUACGGAAGAGACAAGCAUGCACGAUUGUGAGGGGAUAUAGAGAGCAGCUGUUGCUUUGUGAGGUGCCUCUACCUGAAAUGAUGAAAGUGAUUGAUAGUUGGUGUUCAGCAGUCAUAAAAGUCUGCCUUAUUUACUUUGAACUACAAAAUAGUGAUUUUCGUCAGACAGCAUAGGCAGCAGCUCUAUAGAGAUGAGAUGAUGACUUGGAAUGAAAUAAUAAUGUCAUCAAAUGAAACAAAUAAUAUACACAACUGAAAUAUUUUAUUCAAGUAAUGUGGAUAAAUGAUGGUUAAUACAGUCAUGGGACUUUUUAUUAAUUGUUUUGUUCUGUGUUACAGCAUUCAACCCCAAAAAUCGAUGAAAACUGUGAUAAUUUUUUGAUAAUCGAACCAAAACCGAACUGACCUCAAAGCACCAUUCGCUCAGCACUAAGUAUUUUAGCUGUGUAGAUGGAUAAUCCAAUGAAGAAAGGCACAUGGGUGGCCUGGGUGGUCUAGCAGUUAGUUCCGCCGUCUACAGCACACGUUUGUCAGUGUAGAAUCCGCUCUUUGUGACACUCCAUACAUCUUUCCCACAAUCUCCCGUCUGUACAUUAGAAAAUAUACAAAUCCCCCCCCUUUGUUUAAGAAUGUGAGAAUUAACUGUAUAGAGCGCUGAAUGUGUUCUUUUGUUUUACUGUAGAUAAGCUCAACUAUGCUGACUCUGUGAUCAACAAAGUGACCGUGAUGCAGAAACAACGAGAUGCUGACACGUACGUAACCUGUCACCGAACAUGACAUUCAACAUGACAUCGCACUGCUUGGAAUAAAGAGUACUUUUAUUCUGUUAUAGUUUAAAAAAUAAUUUUGUUGGCUGUUGUGGUUACUUCCGCUAGGUUUCGAGUGAAAGACAAGUCGGAUCGGGCUACAGUUGAGCAGGUUCGCUUUUUAUUCCCGUUGGAGUUUUGUGGUGUGUGUGUGUGUGUGUGUAUAUAUAUAUAUUAGUACCCGUCAAAAGUUUGGACACACCUACUCAUUCAAGGAUUUUUCUUUAUUUUUAUUAUUUUUUUUUACAUUGUAGAAUAAUAGUGAAGAAAUCAACUAUGAAAUAACACAUAUGGAAUCAUGUAGUAACCAAAGAAGUGUUAAACAAAUCAAAAUAUAUUUUCUAUUUGAGAUUCUUCAGAUAUUUUUAAAAUGUUUAAAUAUAUAGCCACCCUUUGCCUUGAAUAGCCACCCUUUGCCUUGAAAAAUGUAAGCACUCACUAAAAACUGUAAGUCGCUCUGGAUAAGAGCGUCUGCUAAAUGACUAAAAUGUAAAAAUGUAAUGACAGCAUUGCACACUCUUGGCAUUCUCUCAACCAGCUUCACCUGGAAUGUAUCUAUAUCUAUAAGUAUCUAUAGUAUUAGUAUUAAAUCAGAGAUGAAAAUGACAUGAUAAUGUUAUUUUAUAUGGCGAUGGCAUUCUGUUUGGAUUUCAUACCUGAUUUCAGUGUACGGAUAAGUCUGAGUAACAGAAAAUCAACAGUGAAUUGAGUUCCUUGUUUGUUUGAAAGGUGUUGGACCCACGGACGCGAAUGAUUCUGUUUAAGAUGCUCAGCAGGGGUGUCAUUUCAGAGAUCAAUGGAUGUAUCAGCACAGGCAAAGAGGCAAGUUGAUCCCACAACGUCACGAGGCAAACGUAUCCACCACUGUGGAACAUUUUGGGGUCAACUUAUCGUCCUACGAAUGGCAUAUUCAGUUUCAUUAUUUCAAAGUGCUUUAUACCAACAGGCAAAUGUUUACCAUGCGACCACUGCCAAUGGUGAGAGCAGAGCCAUCAAGAUCUACAAGACCUCCAUCUUACUGUUCAAGGACCGUGACAAAUAUGUUAGUGGAGAAUUCAGGUGAACAGCAUUUCCUGGCAUGUCUAAGAUGGUGUUACAAAACCAAGACCUAAAAGUAACCGUAUCUCAGAAGGGGUCAAUGUGGAACAAACUAUUUGGUGCAGGCCAUUGUUGCUAAGUCUGUUGUGUACCGUAGGAAUGGGCAUUUGAAAGAUUCUGUGUUGGAGUACUCGCAUGAUAAAUAUUUGAGUACUCGCAUGUUAACGUUUUAAAAUGUGAAACAGGGCUGAAAGCAAAAUGUUUGCGGUAUGCUAUCGGUUGUUUUAAAUUACUUUUUUUUUUUUUUAACUGCACUUGACCUACUCUACAAACAAUAAACACAUAUUUGUUUAUUUUGUCAGUGCUUAGAAAUGUAACCUGCUAAAUAAUUGCAAUUGUAAAUUGAGUACUUAUUAUUAAUUGAAUACAAACCUUGAAUCGAGUACUCAUGCCCAUCCCUACUGUACAGUAGACUGUCAGCGUACAUCAGCCAUGUUUAAAGCUGAUGAAGUCUGCCGUCUGCCCUCCAGGUUCCGCCACGGCUACUGUAAAGGAAACCCCAGGAAGAUGGUGCGAACCUGGGCCGAGAAGGAGAUGAGAAACCUCAUCAGGUGAGCGUCCCCAAGAUGAGCCAUGGAAAAAAGUAACAUUGGUUAUGCUUUAUUUCAUCGCCUGGUUUGUGGUAUUUACAUGGUAUUUAGCCCUUUUACACUUGUACCCGUAUACUGAUAGAACAUUGCAGAUUGGAACGCAGUGGCUGUACAGUAACAUGCUAUACAUGACGUCAGAGCUCAGUGGCUGGACAGUAACAUGCUAUACAUGACGUCAGAGCUCAGUGGCUGGACAGUAACAUGCUAUACAUGACGUCAGAGCUCAGUGGCUGGACAGUAACAUGCUAUACAUGACGUCAGAGCUCAGUGGCUGGACAGUAACAUGCUAUACAUGACGUCAGAGCUCAGUGGCUGGACAGUAACAUGCUAUACAUGACGUCAGAGCUCAGUGGCUGGACAGUAACAUGCUAUACAUGACGUCAGAGCUCAGCGGCUGGACAGUAACAUGCUAUACAUGACGUCAGAGCUCAGCGGCUGGACAGUAACAUGCUAUACAUGACGUCAGAGCUCAGCGGCUGGACAGUAACAUGCUAUACAUGACGUCAGAGCUCAGUGGCUGGACAGUAACAUGCUAUACAUGACGUCAGAGCUCAGUGGCUGGACAGUAACAUGCUAUACAUGAUGUCAGAGCUCAGUGGCUGGACAGUAACAUGCUAUACAUGACGUCAGAGCUCAGUGGCUGUACAGUAACAUGCUAUACAUGUCAGUGCACAGUGGCUGUACAGUAACAUGCUAUACAUGACGUCAGAGCUCAGUGGCUGGACAGUAACAUGCUAUACAUGACGUCAGAGCUCAGUGGCUGUACAGUAACAUGCUAUACAUGACGUCAGAGCUCAGUGGCUGGACAGUAACACGCUAUACAUGUCGUCAGAGCUCAGUGGCUGGACAGUAACAUGCUAUACAUGUCAGAGCUCAGUGGCUGGACAGUAACAUGCUAUACAUGACGUCAGAGCUCAGUGGCUGGACAGUAAACUGCUAUACAUGGACGUCCAGAGCUCCAGUGGCUGGGACCAGGUAACAUGGCUAUACAUGACGUCAGAGCUCAGCGGCUGGACAGUAACAUGCUAUACCUGACGUCAGAGCUCAGUUGGCUGUACAGUAAACAUGCUAUACAUGGAACGUCAGAGCUCAGUUGGUGGACAGGUAACCAUGCUAUACAUGACGUCAGGAGCUCAGUGGCUGGUACAGUAACAUGCUAUGACAUUGACGUCAGAGCUCAGUGGGCUGUACAGUAACAUGUAUAUACCAUGAGUCAUAGGAUCCAGUGGCCUUGGACAGUAAACAUGCUAUAACAUGACGUCAGAGCUCAGUGGCCUGGACAGUAAACAUGCUAUACAUGUUCAGAGCUCAGAGUGGCUGGACAGUAACAUGCUAUACCAUGACUGUCAGAGCUCAGUGGCUUGGACAGCAGUAACCAUGCUAUACAUGACGUCAGAGCUCAGUGGGCUGGACAGUAACCAUGCUAUACAUGACGUCAGCGCUCAGUGGCUGGACAGUAACAUGACUAUACAUGACGUCAGAGCUCAGGGUGGACCGAACAUGCUAUACAUGGUCAGACAGUAACAUGCUAUACAUGACGUCAGAGCUCAGUGGCUGGACAGUAACAUGCUAUACAUGACGUCAGAGCUCAGUGGCUGGACAGUAACAUGCUAUACAUGUCAGAGCUCAGUGGCUGGACAGUAACAUGCUAUACAUGACGUCAGAGCUCAGUGGCUGGACAGUAACAUGCUAUACAUGACGUCAGAGCUCAGUGGCUGGACAGUAACAUGCUAUACAUGUCAGAGCUCAGUGGCUGGACAGUAACAUGCUAUACAUGACGUCAGAGCUCUGGUUCUGUACAGUAACAUGCUAUACAUGACGUCAGAGCUCAGUGGCUGGACAGUAACAUGCUAUAUAAGACUGUGCUUCACAGCUCUGCAUGGGUUUUGACUGACAGAUGUUCUGAACUUGAGGACCGCACGCGACAAGUAGUUGCCUCCAUCCCUCCUGCUAUAAUUUGGCAACUUUUGCAAAUGUUUUGUUGUCUGAGGUGAGGAAAAUGCUGUAAAUUAAGAGGACUUGGUUUAUUUUGAAAGAUGAGACGUUGAGGAUUAUAAUAAAUACCGCUUUGAUGUCAUACAAGCAAGCCAAACACCCGUGAGUCCAAAUGUGCACUUUACAUUUCCAUAUCAUAAACCUCAUGUCAUAUACAGUGUCAAGGUUUAUGAUAACUGUUUUAUAACAAGUUACAAGAUGACAUACCCUGGGUGGUUCUGAACAGAAUAAGCCUAUAUACGUCUAUUGUGAAGAAAAUUCACUGCAGAACACGCACCUGAAUGCACCCAUGACUCCUUUCUAUGGACACCAAAAUUACCAUCUGUUUCUCUGAAUUGCUUUGUGAAAGCCUAACACUGUAAGAUCAUAUUUUAUAACUUAGCUAGUCUUGUUGGCAAUAGAAAAACAAGCUUUCAAAUGAUGCCCACCUGACCCAGAUUGUGAUUUAUAAUGGGCUGUAUUGGAUUGCGGAAGACUUCAUUGAGUCAUAAAAGUGCAUUGAAAUAACACUGAACAAAAAUAUAUAAAUGCAACAAUUUUACUGAGUUACAGUUCAUAUAAGGAAAUCGGUCAAUUUUAAGUAAAUUCAUUAGGCCCUAAUCUAUGGGUUUCAUAUUACUGUGAAUACAGAUAUACGUCGGUUGGUCAUAGAUGCCUUUUAAAAUAAAAAUAUAUGAAGGGGUGUGGAUCAGAAAACCAGUCAGUAUCUUGUGUGAUUACCAUUUGCCUCAUGCUGCGUGACAAAUCUCCUUCGCAUAGAGUUGAUCAGGCUGUUGAUUGUGGAAUGUUUUCCCACUCCACUUCAAUGGCUGUGCAAAGUUGCUGGAUAUUGGCGGGAACUGGAACACGCUGUCGUACACAGAUCCAGAGCAUCCCAAACAUGCUCAAUAGGUGAUGUCUGGUGAGUAUGCAGGCCAUGGAAGAACUGGGACAUUUUCAGCUUCCAGAAAUUGUGUACAGAUCCUUACGACAUGGGGCCGUGCAUCAUCAUGCUGAAACAUGAGGUGAUGGCGGCGGCUGAAUGGCAUGGCAAUGGGCCUCAGGAUCUCAUCACGGUAUCUCUGUGCAUUCAAAUUGCCAUCGAUAAAAUGCAAUUGUGUUUGUUGUCCGUAGCUUAUGUCUGCCCAUAUCAUAACCUCACCGCCACCAUUGACGUCAGUAAACCGCUCGCCCACACGACGCCAUACGCGCUUUCUGCCAUCUGCUCGGUACAGUUGAAACUGGGAUUCAUCCAUGAAGAGCAAACUUCUCCAGCAUGCCAGUGUCCAUCGACGGUGAGCAUUUGCCUACUGAAGUCGAUAACGACGCUGAACUGCAGUCAGGUCAAGGCCCUGGUGAGGACGACGAGCACGCAGAUGAGCUUCCCUGAGACGGUUUCUGACAGUUUUGUGUAUUAUUCGGUUGCGCAAACCCACAGUUUAAUCAGCUGUCCAGGUGGCUGGUCUCAAUCGAUCCCGCAGGUGAAGAAGCCGGAUGUGGAGGUCCUGGGUUGGCGUGGUUACACGUGGUCUGCGGUUGUGAGGUUGGUUGGACGUACUGCCAAAUUCUCCAAAAUGGUAGAGAAAUAUAAAUAACAAUUUCUGGCAACAGCUCUGGUGGACAUUCCUGCGGUCAGCAUGCCAAUUGCACACUCUUAAAACUUGAGACAUCUGUGGCAUUGUGUUGUGUGACAAAACUGCACAUUUUAGUGGCCUUUUAUUAUCCCCAGCACAAGGUGCGCCUGUGUAAUGAUCAUACUGUUUAAUCAGCAUCUUGAUAUGCCACACCUGUCAGGUGGAUGGAUUUAUCUUGACAUAGGAGAAGGGCUCACUAACAGGGAUGUAAACAAAUUUGUGCACCAAAUUUGAGAGCAAUAAUUGUUUUGUGUUAAUGGACAUUUCUGGGAUCUUUUAUUUCAGAGCAUGAAACGUGGGAUCAACACUUUUUACAUGUUGCUUUUAUAUUUUUGUUCAGUAUACUUAGGAACUGUGCACACUUUGGAGAGAUGUGUGGCCACUUGGAGUCAUCAGUUAGUCCUCUCACUCAAACCCUUGUUAUUUUCUUGUCUUAUGUUGCACCUACAACACCUUUUCCAGGAAUAUUCUCAUGUUACUGAAUGUAUCCAGAGUAUUUUCACAUUUCGCUAUCAACAACUGCGGCAAAGUACAGUAAAUGUAAAAUGCACAUAAAAUCAAGUGUAAUGUUUGGAUUCAGUCUUUUCAGGUGAACUGUUGUUCUCAAAUUAGGUCAAAUUUUUCCAUAAUCUCCAAACUGUUCCCUUUCAGUUGCUACUGUGCUUAUGCAUAUACUUUUCAUAUUUAUUCUGUAAGAAACGUUUCAAUUUAAUGUAAAGGGUUAAGAACCUAUACCAGAUGCCUUCUGGUACUUACUUCAAAUAAUUCAACAUCAUUGGUAACUACCUGGUACCAAAUGGUACAAGCCUACGCUUGUGUCAAUGAAUCCCCUUUGACCCUAAAUGUACAACAAAAAGGUUUUGAAAACUGACUGAUAAAGGGAGGGAGUACUUGGACUUGUCCAAUAAGAAACGCUGGUUUUCCUUUUCACUUGCAACACUCUGCGCGAAUGAAUACGACCCUGCGUUUCAGCUUGUCUCUCCCUACUGCGUGUCUCCAGGUUACAGACGGCAGGCAUCCCGAGUCCGGAGCCAAUCAUGCUGCGUAGCCACGUGCUCCUCAUGAGUUUCAUCGGCAGGGAUGACAUGUAUGUAUGAUCUGGCUUCGUUUCUGUUUUAACCGGUCAAUAUUAUAUACCGUUUCUGUUUUAACCUGUCAAUAUUAUAUACCGUUUCUGUUUUAACCUGUCAAUAUUAUAUACUGUUUCUGUUUUAACCUUUCAAUAAUAUAUACCGUUUACAUUUACAUUUUACAUUUUAGUCAUUUAGCAGACGCUCUUAUCCAGAGCGACUUACAGGAGCAAUUAGGGUUAAGUGCCUUGCUCAAGGGCACAUUUACGUCAUUUAGCAGACGCUCUUAUCCAGAGCGACUCACAAAUUGGUGCAUUCACCCUAUAGCCAGUGGGAUAACCGUUUCUGUUUUAACCUGUCAAUAUUAUAUACCGUUUCUGUUUUAACCUGUCAAUAUUAUAUACCGUUUCUGUUUUAACCUGUCAAUAUUAUUUUCUGUUUUAACCUUUCAAUAAUAUAUACCGUUUCUGUUUUAACCUGUCAAUAUUAUAUACCGUUUCUGUUUUAACCUGUCAAUAUUAUAUACUGUUUCUGUUUUAACCUUUCAAUAAUAUAUACCGUUUCUGUUUUAACCUGUCAAUAUUAUAUACCGUUUCUGUUUUAACCUGUCAAUAUUAUAUACCGUUUCUGUUUUAACCUUUCAAUAAUAUAUACCGUUUCUGUUUUAACCUGUCAAUAUUAUAUACUGUUUCUGUUUUAACCUAUCAAUAAUAUAUACCGUUUCUGUUUUAACCUGUCAAUAUUAUAUACCGGUUUGUAUGUCUGGCUUAAAGGUUGUGUAAGUUCUGGUUUUAUCUAGCCUGUAUGUGUGUAGUGAGCUGCGGUCCAAAUCAAUUAUUCAACCGUACUCAUUGCUAAUGUGAUGAAUCGAGAGUAAAUUGGUUCAAUAAGGGUUUGUUCUGGAACUUCUGGUAAAUUAUGGCUUAUGUUUUUUGCAGUUUUUCUAUAGUUAACAAUGUCAACGUUGAACAUUGUUGUUUUUGCUGCUGUAUUGUUUUAUAGCAGUGUGUGUGUGUGGUGUUUGUGUGCAGACCUGCGCAGAAUGUAUCUCAAUCUACGUUUACUAUAGCAAAUUGAUCAAUUGGAUGCUUCUCCGGGCUUUGAAGAUCCGUUUUAAUUUGUAUCCUCUGGUCCCAGACCUGCUCCUCUUUUGAAGAACGCUUCCCUGUCCGAGUCCAAAGCGCGUGAGCUGUACCUUCAGGUGAUACAGAACAUGAGGGUUAUGUACCAGGAGGCCCGGCUGGUCCAUUCGGACCUCAGUGAGUUCAACAUGCUGUAAGUUCCCUCCUGUUAUCUGACGUGUGUGUGUGUGUGUGUGUGUGUGUGUGUGUGUGUGAACUAAGCUUAUAAGUCGUUCCUUAGUUAUAUUCAUAAGGCGUUUCUUAGUUAUAUUCAUAAGGCGUUUCUUAGUUAUAUUCAUAAGGCGUUUCUUAGUUAUAUUCUUCGAGAAUCAAUGGGUUUGUAUCAUACAUUGAAAUGACCAUUCAAAUUGAACAACAGGAAAUAUGACUGAUUAUGCCUUUUUAAGUAAAAACCCUUCCAUUGGUACAGUUAUGGAAGUGCUGUUCGCUGCAAGUGCAGUUUUGACAGAUACUGGUGUUGACUAAAUUGAUGCAUUUAAUUGUAUUAAUUUUAAUAUACACUACCAGUCAGAAGUUUGGACACACCUACUCAUUCAAGGGUUUUUCUUUAUUUGUACUGUUUUCUACAUUGUAGAAUAAUAGUGAAGACAUCAAAACUAUGAAAUAACACAUGGAAUCAUGUAGUAACCAAAAAAGUGUUAAACAAAUUAAAAUAUAUUUGAGAUUCUUCAAAUAGCCACCCUUUGUCUUGAUGACAGCUUUGCACACUCUUGGCAUUCUCUCAACCAGCUUCAUGAGGUAGUCACCUGGAAUGCAUUUCAAUUAACAGGUGUGCCUUGUUAAAAGUUAAUUUGUGGAAUUUCUUUCCUCCUUAAUGCGUUUGAGCCAAUCAGUUGUGUUGUGACAAAGUUGGGGGGGGGGGGGGUAUACAGAAGAUAGCCCUAUUUGGUAAAAUACUAAGUCCAUAUUAUGGCAAGAACAGCUCAAAUAAGCAAAGAGAAACAACAGUCCAUAAUUACUUUAAGACAUGAAGGUCAGUCAAAACAGAACAUUUGAAGAACUUUGAAAGUUUCAUCAAGCGCAGUUGCAAAAACCAUCAAGCGGUAUGAUGAAACUGGCUCUCAUGAGGACCGCCACAGGAAUGGAAGACCCAGAGUUACCUCUGCUGCAGAGGAUAAGUUCAUUAGAGUUACCAGCCUCAGAAAUUGCAGCCCAAAUAAAUGCUUCACAGAGUUCAAGUAACAGACACAUCUCAACAUCAACUGUUCAGAGGGGACUGAGUGAAUCAGGCCUUCACGGUCUAAUUGCUGCAAAGAAACCACUACUAAAGGAAACCAAUAAGAAGAGACCUGCUUGGGCCAAGAAACACGAGCAAUGGACAUUAGACCGGUGGAAAUAUGUCCUUUGGUCUGGAGUCCAAAUUGGAGAUUUUUGUUUCCAACCGCCGUGUCUUUGUGAGACGCGGUGUGGGUGAACGGAUGAUCUCCGCAUGUGUAUUUCCCACCGUAAAGCAUGGAGGAGGUGUUAUGGUGUGGGGGUGCUUUGCUGGUGACACUGUCUGUGAUUUAUUUAGAAUUCAAGGCACACUUAACCAGCAUGGCUACCACAGCAUUCUGCAGCGAUACGCCAUCCCAUCUGGUUUGGACUUAGUGGGACUAUCAUUUGUUUUUCAACAGGACAAUGACCCAUCACAUCUCCAGGCUGUGUAAGGGCUAUUUGACCAAGAAGGAUAGUGAUGGAGUGCUGCAUCAGAUGACCUGGCCUCCACAAUCCCCCGACCUCAACCCAAUUGAGAUGGUUUGGGAUGAGUCGGACGGCAGAGUGAAGGAAAAGCAGCCAACAAGUGCUCAGCAUAUGUGGGAACUCCUUCAAGGCUGUUGGAAAAGCAUUCCAGGUGAAGCUGGUUGAGAGAAUGCCAAGAGUGUGCAAAGCUGUCAUCACGGCAAAUGGUGGCUAUUUAAAGAAUCUCAAAUAUAAAAUUAUUAUUUGAUUUGUUUAACACUUUUUUGGUUACUACAUGAUUCCAUAUGUGUUAUUUCAUAGUUUUGAUGUCUUCACUAUUAUUCUACAAUGUAGAAAAUAGUAAAAAAAAUAAAGAAAAACCCUUGAAUGAGUAGGUGUGUCCAAACUUUUGACUGGUACUGUAUAUAUUAUAUAUAUUUUUAUUUUAUUGCUUAUCUUUCAAGGUACAACGACGGUGACGCCUACAUCAUCGACGUGUCCCAGUCUGUGGAGCACGACCACCCCCACGCUCUGGAGUUCCUGCGCAAAGACUGUACCAAUGUCAAUGGUACGUGUGGCCCGUGUUCUCAUAGUCGCAGCGAAGGAGUUCUGAUAUAGGAUCAGUUUAGCCUUUUACAUCAUAAUACAUAUGGGUAUGGGGAGACCUGGUCCUAGAUCAGCACUCCUACUCUGAGACUAAUCACUGAGCUCUGUGACGUUGUCAACUAACUACAGCGUUAAUGCUGAUAAUAUAGCAUUGCAUUUCUAUAGCAUAGAUUAUUUUAUUAUUUGACAAAGCAUCCUUUAGCCAUGUCAUUUAUAAUAUUUUAAAAGGUUUUGCAACAAGGCAUGUAUGAAAAAUUAUCUUUGUGUAAUAUCAACUGUAGCUACAUUUGAUCUGAGACUGCCGUUUUUACCCCAACUCCGACCUGACAUGCGCAUAAUAUGUCAAACAUAAAGCUUAAUGCGGACGUAGGUUAUAGACAACAGGCAGUGCUAUAUGCUAGGAUUGUCGGUUUCUGUGAAGUAUGAGGCUCUGGGUUUGAAUGAAAGGCCAGAUGAGAUCUGGUUCUGUGUCCCUCAGACUUCUUCCUGAAGCGCGGCGUCGCGGCGAUGACGUUGCGCGAGCUCUUUGAGUUUGUCACCGAUCCCUCCAUCACCAGCAGCAACAUCAACCUCUACUUGGAAAAGGUAGGAACACAUUUCAUUAGAUGUGAAGUUUGUUUAUGUACACGAUUGAAUCAUAACCUUUUUUUUUGUUUGUCAAGUCAAAAGUUGCACUGUGGGCGCGUGCUUUCUGCGCACGCUCAGUACUCGGAGAGCGUGGCCAUUUUGAUAUGCCUGUGUGCAUGCGUAAUGGCCGUCUUCUCGUUGUAGGCGAUGGACAUUACUUCCGAGAGGACGGCAGAGGAGAGGUCCAAUCAGGAUAGUGUGAAUGAGGAGGUAAAGGAUGAGAUCUAAUAAUCUUCAAGGUGAGAACGUUUUUGGGCUCCUCCAUGACAUUCUAACUCUCUCUCUCUGUUUUGGUUUAUGGUUGAACUGUGACAGGUGUUUAAGAAUGCGUACAUCCCGCGGACACUUACAGAAGUGAGCCACUACGAACGUGACGUGGAUGCCAUGGCAAACAUGAAAGACGACGAGUCCUCACGCAACAUGCAGAAUGACAACGUGAGUUGACUAAAACCUUGGUGUAACCGCUCAAAUACACCAUUCUGAUACCAAAGUAGACGACUUUGUCAACCCCUAACUCAUGGUUCACUUUACGUAUGCACAAUUACACAGGGUUCUCGACUUCCUGAUAUUUUAUUGUUACUUUUUCAGUAGCAAUGUGAUUGGUCCAACCCUACACUGUGUGACUGUUAAUCUGGCUCUUCUGAGUUAAUGGCUGUGAUCUCUUUCUGAUAUAGAUCCUCUACCAGACAGUGACGGGCCUGAAGAAGGAUCUGUCUGGAGUUCAGACGGUAAGUCAUAAACACCACCACUUUCCCUUCAGACGGUAAGUCAUAAACACCACCACUUUCCCUUCAGACGGUAAGUCAUAAACACCACCACUUUCCCUUCAGACGGUAAGUCAUUAACACCACCACUUUUCCCUUCGGGGAAGUCAUAAACACCCCAUUUCCCCUUCAGAGGGUAAUCAUAAACACCACCACUUCCCUUCGACUUUUAAAAGCAUAAAAAAACACCACCAUUUUCCCCUUUAGACGGUAAGUCAUAAAAACCCCACCAUUUUCCCCUUAAACGGUAUUAAAUAAAAACCCACCUUUUUUCCUUAGACGGUAAGUCAAAAAAAACACAACCACUUUUCCCUUCGACGGUAAGUCAUAAAAAACACCCCCUUUCCUUAGACGGAAUCUAAACACCCUUUUUCCCCUUCAGACGGAAAAUUUAAAACACCACCCUUCCCUUCAGACGGUAAGGUCAAAAAAACACCCCCAUUCCUUCGAGUAAGUCUAAAACCCACCAUUUUCCCCUUAGAGGUAAUAAAAACACCCCAUUUCCUCAAGGGUAAGCUUUUAAACCCACCACUUUCCCUUCAGACGGUAAGUCAUAAAAACACCACCAUUUUCCCUUGUGACUUGGCAGCAAAGGUUACGUGUCAAUUAAAGAGGUUGGUAAUUUUUAGAGUUAUGGCUUUCUGUAGCGACUGUCAACUGAAAUAGACAGAUUUUAAUAAUGGCUUCUAUUGAGAAUAAAGUAAUGUGUGGUUUGGGAAUAUUUUACCAUUACCGUGCAUGAGUUGAGGAAUGGUAAGUUUGAUUGUUUAUUGCUUUUUGAUUGUUGACUGUUAAUUUGGCCCUUUAUUUGUAGGUACCUGCCCUGCUGCAGGACUGUGAUGUGGAGGAGAGCUCAAGUUCAGAGGAUGAGGAUGAGGAAGAAGAUGAAGAUGAGCGCAAACAGGAGUCUGUAGGAGAAGACUCCCAGAUUGACAAGAAGGUACGUUCCUAUUAGGGCUGUGAAGGUGAAUUAGUUUGUCAAGUAAUCUUGCAAUAUUUAACUGCUAUCAGCAGACUUAUUUUAUUGCAUUGGCGGGAUUAAUUUAAUUUAGGAUUAAAUGCACCAACAAAAAAAGGUAAUUACAAAAUUGACCACCAGAGGGAGGGAGCAACUUGUGGUUAUUGUAACCCUGUAACUGUGCCCACUACUUUUAGGUUAUAACAUGGCCUAUUCAAAACUACACUAAAUCUGGAACAUAUUCUGCAUUUAUCAUGCAAAUAUCCCAAACUAUUUUGAUUUCUUCCAGUCUGAACUUAAGUCACCUAAAAUUACAUAUAAAUGUUUGAAUCUAAUAUUCUAUACCCAACCCGGUUUCUGUUUUGAAUCUAAUAUUCUAUACCCAAACCUGUUUCUGUUUGAAUCUAAUAUUCUAUACCCAAACCGGUUUCUGUUUUGAAUCUAAUAUUCUAUACCCAAACCUGUUUCUGUUUGAAUCUAAUAUUCUAUACCCAAACCGGUUUCUGUUUGAAUCUAAUAUUCUAUACCCAAACCGGUUUCUGAAUUUUAGGAGAAGAAGAAAUUGGCCAAGGAGGCCCAGCGGGAAAAGAGGAAAAACAAAACACCGAAACACGUGAAGAAGAGAAAGGAGAGGGUUUCAAAGAUGAAGAAAGGCAAAUAGGUGGACCCAGUAAUCAGGAAUACUCCAGACACACACCAGUCCUAAACCUAAACAUGAACUUUUAUCCCAGUGGCUCUAUGAACUGAUGUAAACCUCAGUGCUCAACACACAGGCCUUCAGCAACACUGUAGUGAAACUGGUGAACAGAAGUGCAGUAUUAGGCCACACUAACAAACAGUGACAAAACAUGACAUGUUUCUAUAUAAGAAGUAUGUGGAAAAAAUGUUGUUGACAAUGUCAGGUGUCAUGCACAAUGCUUUAGCGUUUUUAUGAUCGUUAUAUAAAAGCAGUUCAAUUAAAAUGUACAAAUAAUAAUAAUACAUACAAGUCUAAAUGAAGUUGUACGUUACCUUGAAACAUUUUACUAAAGAGGUUUCAAGGCUCUUCUAUGUACAGUUACUGCAACAGCUUGCAGGGCAGGUGCUCCUGAUGGCCUGUGCUAAAGUUAGUCAUUUGUAAACCAAAAUAACCAAAUGAAAAUUGUGGCUUGCAGCCAGUCCUCACAUUUAUAGGUAUGAAUUAAACAACAUUAUUUAC